GGCGGGGCCUCGGCGGGCGGGGCGGGCUCAGGUGGAGCUGCCUUGCGGCGGCGCGGAAGCUGGACUCCAGGUUGGCGGCCGGGCCAGGUAGGGCGGCCGGGUGGUGGCGGGGGCAGAGCGGCCCGCGAUGAGGUGCUGCCGCCUCUGCGUCUUCGACGCCGCCCGCGGGCCCAGGCGGCUGAUGCGCGUGGGCCUCGCGCUGCUCCUGGUGGGCCACGUGAACCUUCUGGUGGGAGCUGUGCUGCACGGUACUGUCCUGCGGCACGUGGCCAACCCCCGUGGCGCCGUCACUCCGGAGUACACCACGGCCAAUGUCAUCUCCGUGGGUUCGGGGCUGCUGAGCGUUUCCGUGGGACUUGUGGCCCUCGUGGCAUCCAGGAACCUUCUUCGCCCACGACUGCACUGGGCCCUUCUGGGGCUGGCCCUAGUGAACCUGCUUUUGUCUGCUGCCUGCUCCAUGGGCCUCCUCCUGGCCGUGUCGCUCACGAUUGCCAAUGGCGGCCGCCGCCUUAUUGCUGACUGCCACCCAGGACUGCUGGAUCCUUCCAUACCUCUGGACCAGGGGCCUGGACACACCGACUGCCCCUUUGAUCCCACCAGGAUUUAUGACACAGCCUUGGCUCUCUGGAUCCCCUCUCUGUUCAUGUCUGCAGCCGAGGCUGCGCUGUCUGGUUACUGCUGUGUCGCCGCACUCACCCUACGGGGAAUCGGGCCCUGCAGGAAGGAAGGGUUGCAGGAACAGCUGGAGGAACUGACAGAGCUUGAACCUCCUGAGUGUAGAAGGCAGGAAAACGUGAGGCUACUCCACCAUCAUCAGGAUUCCCAGGCUUCCCAGAGAACCUGGGUUUAGGACAGGUCGGCUCUUUCUUUAUCGGGCAGGUGCUCUUCUGAGGCGCAAUCCACAGGUGUUUUCUACUACACCAGGGGCCCUGACCCUAGGGUGAUAUAAAUAAUUGUAAUAAAAGAACUUGUUUUUUGUCUUC